CCAUCUGCCUGUCUGGAUGCACUGAACAGAAUGGAUAUUGCAACAAGCCUGGAGAAUGCAUCUGUCGCCCCGGUUGGCAAGGCCGCUACUGUGAUGAAUGCAUUCCCCACAUAGGUUGCCGCCACGGGACGUGUAAAACACAGUGGCAGUGCAUAUGUGACGAAGGAUGGGGUGGCCUCUUCUGUGAUCAAGAUCUGAACUACUGCACCCACCACAGACCGUGCAAAAACGGAGCAACCUGCAUGAACACCGGCCAGGGCAGCUACACGUGUUCAUGCAAACCUGGCUUCACCGGUGUUGACUGCGAACAUGAGAUCAGCGAGUGUGACAGCAAUCCCUGUAGGAAUGGCGGCAGUUGCACGGAUAUGGAGAACAGUUAUCACUGCCUGUGCCCCCCUGGCUACUAUGGCACUCACUGUGAGCACAGCGCUUUGACGUGUAUAGAUUCUCCAUGCUUCAAUGGUGGCACCUGCCUGGAGAAAGACCAAGGGGCCAGCUACACUUGUAUUUGCCCUUUUGGCUUCACAGGGUCGAACUGUGAAAAAAAAGUGGACCGGUGCACAAGCAACCCAUGUGCAAAUGAUGGCAAUUGCUUUUACCUUGGUCAGAUCCGUGUGUGUCGCUGUCGGCCUGGUUUCUCUGGCCAGAAAUGUGAGAUAAACAUCAAUGAUUGUGCCAGAAACCCGUGUUCCAAUGGGGGAACUUGUCAUGACCUGAUCAACGAUUACACCUGCACGUGCUUGCCAGGCUACAGUGGCAGGAACUGUGACAUCAAAACCAGAGAUGAAUGUGCUUCUGGACCAUGUGAGAACGGAGGCACAUGCUACAGCGGGCUUUAUAGUGCCAACUUCGUCUGCUACUGUCCUUCUGGCUUCAUGGGCAACCGUUGUGAAUUGCCAGUUUAUUCAGUGCCCGUUACACUUCCUCCUAAGCCAGUCCCCUGGAUUGCUAUAUCCAUGGGGGUGGGACUGGUGGCUUUGCUCAUACUGUUCUGCAUGAUAGCAAUGGUCAUCAGACAGAUGAGGAUGCACCCAGAGCAGGACCUGGAGACAAUGAACAACCUGUCUGACUUCCAGAAGGACAAUCUCAUUCCAGCUUCCCAGCUCAAAAACACCAACAAAAACAAAGACCUCGAAGUGGACUGUGGGCUGGAGAAAUCAAACUACAAACCCAAGAAUCAUAAACUGGACUACAAUCUGGUAAAAGACCUGACAAGUAGAGGGACACAGGAGGAGAAAUAUUACAAAAGUGAAAAGUGUUUAGGAGAAAAGUCUCCCCUCCGAUUACACAGUGAAAAGCCGGAAUGUAGGAUAUCAGCAAUAUGCUCUCCGAGGGAUUCAAUGUACCAGUCCGUCUUUGUGAUAACAGAAGAAAGGAAUGAGUGCAUCAUAGCCACAGAGGUAUAAGACUGAAGUUCAGCCCAUUUGCACCUCAGAUAUGGUAAUGCCAGUAGAUGGACGUUCCUGCUGCAUUGUUUACAAUUCAGAACUGGAUUGGACUGUUUUUACUUACAUGCAACUUGCUGCUCUCAGGCGGAGGAUGGAACUGGGUGAACUGGACAGACUGUGAAUUUACUGAAAGAUGCAAUACACCUCUUUGUUCUUACUGCCCUUGUUUGAAGUUUGAUACCAGAAAUCUCAUUGGCUAUAGAAGAGGGGAGGCAGAGGGAAGAGAGAGGGGUUAAACAUGUUGUUUGAAUUUUGUUUUUGAAAGAUACUGAGGCCAGUUCCUCAUGGACAGACCCCUGGCUUUCC